AUGACCGGAUAUGGCAACCGAGGCAAUUGUGGUUCCGGUGAUCGACCUCGCCAACUUCCCCGCUGAGCUGGAGAAGCUUGCCGCUGCGAGUAGCGGGCUGGGCUGCUUUCGGGUCAUCAACCAUGGUAUUCCUCUGCCGCUUCUGGCCAAAAUGAAGGAAACCACUCGGUCGCUCUUCGAUAUCCCUGACGACGCUAAGCUACGCAACGUCACCGGCAACUUUGUAGAUGGCGGCUACGUUCCGCCUAAUUAUGUACCCAACGUCCCCUUUUACGAGUCCUUCGGCAUCUACAACGCCGCCUCGCCUGCCGACGUCCACUCUUUCUGCUCUCUUUUGGACGCCUCGCCUCUUCAACGUGAAAUCAUUGUCGAUUAUGUCGGGAAACUUCAUAUCCUAACCAUGGAUUUAGCUUCUAAAGUAGCAGAGAGUUUGGGCCUUAUUGACAAGUACUCUUUUAAUGGCUGGUCCUGUCAUGCAAGGUUAAACUAUUACAAGUUUAAAUUUCAAGAGGAUAUCGGCUGUAUUGGUGUUCCUACUCACACAGACUCUGGCUUUCUAACGGUCGUGCAAGAAGAUGAGUGUGUUGGUGGGCUAGAGAUUGUAGAUGCCAAUGGCAACUUUAUAUCCGUCGAUCCUCUUCCAGGAACUUUUUUCGUUAAUAUAGGUGAUGUCGGAAAGGCCUGGAGUAAUGGGAGGCUUCAGAAUGCGAAGCACAGAGUGAUCUGCAAGAAAGCCAUGCCACGAAUCUCCAUCGUUCUGUUUCUACUCGCACCAGAAGAUGACAAGAUCGAGCCUCAAGCUGCCUUCAUUGAUAUUGAUCACCCAAAACUUUACGAAUCGUACAUCUACAAUGAAUAUCGCAUGCAGAGAAGAAUAACAGGUCUUAGGGCAGGUGAGAUCCUCCCUGUCUUGACUGCAGAUCAUCAAGCAAAGAUGCCUUGAAUCAAAUAUAUAAACUUUAAUCUACUGGAUUAUAUUAAUCAAAUAUGUAUGUCGAUUUGCCAUUAAUGUUGUCCAAUGUCGUAAUUGUAGCACAAAUGCCUAAUUUUAAUUUCAUUCAAUAAAUGUUGUUUGAA